ACAAGUAAAUAAAUAACAACACAAAAAAAAAAAAAUUGUCGAGGUGCGAUCUUGUUGCCGGAGUUUUAAAUCGUUAAUUGAUUUAAUUAGUUAUCCGGUUUCAUCUGGGCCCUUAAGUGCGGGAAUAAGGCCUCAGAAUGUUGUACUGCCCGCCCAACGUGACUCUCAGUGAGGUCUGGACAAAGCAUGGCAUCUCCCACUGCUUCAUGGACACCGUGGGUCCGGCAGUCUAUGGCGGAUUUCUUGUGCUCUUUGGCUGCAUUCAGCUCUUGAUGUACAGGAAGUAUGCCACCCGUAUCACGGAUCCCACUCAGUUUUCCAGAUCGCGCCUGUAUGCCGUGCAACUCUUCCUCCUGCUCUUUCUUCCUGUCGUGGCGUUGCUUCGCUUCUUCCUGAAUGCUCGAAUAUAUCCGGACAGUGUCGUCUAUGGUUACAUGAUCUUUUCAACCUGCGUUGUGUGCGUCUCCUACCCGUUUAGUAUAUGUUUGAUCCUAAAAGAACGCUUCUAUCAGCUUCCUUCAGUACCCACUCGUGGGCAUGGCCUCAUUCUUUUACUCUUUUGGACGCUGGCUUUCAUCAACGAGUCACUGGCGUUUAUAAACCUUCGCCACGAGGACUGGUGGUUCCAUCUGAAAUCCAACAAAGAUGCCAUUGAAAUGGGACUGUUCGUUACCCGCUUCUUUUGCUCCCUGCUCAUAUUUGUUUUGGGUCUCAAGGCGCCUGGAAUUAUGGCUCCGUAUAACCCGCACCAAAGGCUAGACGACUCCUCCAGCGAAUCCCAAGGAGCAACGCCUACAGGUUCUGCUUUUAGGAAUGGUUGGCGCAAACUGCGGACAUUGUUUCCCUACCUAUGGCCCAAAAAGGAUCUGGCCUUGCAGCUGGCGGUAAUUGUGUGCAUUAUACUGCUGAUUGCGGGACGAGUCAUAAAGCUGUUUUUGCCCAUUUAUCGCAAGAAGUUGGUGGACAGUUUGACCAUUGCACCCAUUAUCUUCCGCUGGGACUUUGUGCUUAUCUAUGUGGCGCUAUCCUUUCUUCAAGGGGGUGGCACUGGCAGCAUGGGACUGUUUAACAAUCUGCGCACUUUCCUCUGGAUACGUGUACAGCAGUACACUACCCGAGAGAUCGAGAUUGAGCUGUUCAGGCAUCUGCAUCAGCUGUCUUUGAGGUGGCACUUGCACCGGAAGACCGGAGAAGUGCUACGAGUCAUGGAUCGUGGCACGGAUUCCAUCAACAACUUGCUUAAUUACAUAGUCUUCUCCAUAACUCCCACAAUCCUGGAUCUUCUGGUGGCUGUGGCUUUCUUUAUAUACGCAUUCAACUGGUGGUUUGGACUAAUCGUAUUCCUCACCAUGUUUUUGUAUAUAGCUUCUACCAUUGCAAUUACUGAGUGGCGGACACAGUACCAGAGACGGAUGAAUUUGGCGGACAAUGAGCAACGUGCCCGCAGUGUUGACUCCCUGCUGAACUUCGAAACCGUAAAGUACUACGGGGCAGAGCACUACGAAGUAGACUGCUACAGGGAAGCCAUUCUGAAGUACCAAAAGGAGGAAUUCCUCUCCAUGCUGACACUGAAUAUGCUAAACACGGCCCAAAACAUAAUCCUGUGCCUGGGACUGCUGGCCGGAUCCCUGCUCUGUGUUUAUCUGGUGGUUCAUCAUCAAACACUGACUGUGGGUGACUUUGUUCUCUUCUCCACUUACCUCAUGGAGUUGUACAUGCCACUCAACUGGUUCGGCACUUACUACCGGGCCAUCCAGAAGAACUUUGUCGAUAUGGAGAACAUGUUUGACCUGCUACGCGAGGAGGAGGAGAUUGUCGAUGCGCCAGGAUCUUCCCCACUUCUGACCGCCGGUGGUUCCAUUGAGUUCUCCAAUGUGACCUUUGGAUACUCUCCAGAAAAAUUGGUGCUACGCAACGUGAGUUUUACAGUGCCCGCUGGGAAAACUGUGGCCAUUGUAGGACCCUCGGGAGCCGGCAAAAGCACCAUUAUGCGACUGCUAUUCCGAUUCUACGACGUCCAAACGGGAGCCAUUCUGAUUGAUGGCCAAAACAUAAAGUUGGUUCAACAGCAAAGCCUGCGACAGGCCAUCGGAGUCGUGCCACAGGAUACAGUUCUUUUCAACAAUACCAUCUUCUAUAAUAUCGAGUAUGCCAAACUGGGUGCCUCUGCGGAUGCAGUUUACGAAGCUGCCCGAGCUGCCGAUAUCCAUGAGAAGAUUCUCAGCUUCCCGGAUAGCUAUGAGACCAAGGUUGGAGAGCGGGGUCUGCGACUCAGUGGCGGAGAGAAACAAAGAGUGGCCAUCGCCCGGACCCUCCUGAAAGCCCCCAUUAUUGUGCUGCUCGACGAGGCCACUUCUGCUCUAGACACGCAUACGGAGCGGAAUAUACAGGCUGCCUUGGCCAGGGUUUGCGCCAAUCGUACCACAAUUAUAGUGGCCCACAGACUGUCUACCAUCAUCCACGCAGAUGAAAUUCUCGUGCUGAAAGAGGGCAACAUAGUUGAGAGAGGCCGACACGAUCAACUUGUGCUGCGGGAUGAUGGAGUCUAUGCGGACAUGUGGCAGCAGCAGCUCAAGAACUUGGACACGGAUCAGAGUGGCUCAGACAACGGCGAUACUGGCACGGAUUCGGGAUCGGAGAAACGCAGUGCCGGUGGUAAAGGACCAGGACCCGCAGCCGGACCAAGUGGUGCUGGAGUCGGUGGUGGUGGUGGUGCUCAUUUUAGGGCAGGACAUGCUCACGGAGGAGCGCGUUAGUCCUAAGACGGACAAACUCAAAGUACUUUUUGUUAUUCCUGUUUCCAUGUGAUUAAUGGUAUAUUGUUAUAGGUCUGAGCUGUUCGUCAAAGUCUAAGUUCGUCUUUAAGUAAUCUUAUACGCUACUCUUAUAUUAAAUAAACACUUAGAUUUUUAUAGACAAUCUGUGGGAGCGUAAGAGCAUUGCUUUUUAAGAAGUACAAAUAAAAAAUAAUAGCUAA